CAAAAAUAAAAAAGAAAAGAAAAAACAAACUACACUUUUUGUCGUGAAAAGUCCUCCUCCUCCGGUUGAAGAAAGGAACCAUAAAAGCUGGUGCAGCGAAAAGAGACAACCCCGAGAGAGAGAGAGAGAGAGAGAGAGAGAGAGAGAUAUGAGGCUGGGGCUGGCGGCUUGCGUAGCUUCGUUGCUGUUGAUGUCCAUAACAACGCUCUCCGAUGCCGCCUUGACAUCUCGGAUCCUGAAUCGCCUGACCGACGGUAGCAAUUACUUGACCACUCAGGAACUCUGGCUCAAUCAGACUCUUGAUCACUUCUCUCCCUAUGAUCACCGUCAAUUUGCACAGCGAUAUUAUGAAUUCCUCGACCACUUUCUGCUUCCUGAUGGACCGAUCUUUUUGAAAAUAUGUGGUGAAUCUGCAUGCAACGGCAUAUCGAAUGACUAUAUCAGCGUUUUGGCGAAGAAGUUUGGAGCGGCAGUGGUUUCUCUUGAGCAUCGUUACUAUGGGAAGAGUUCCCCCUUUAAGUCCUUGGCAACCGAAAAUCUUAAAUAUUUAUCAUCCAAGCAGGCUCUUUUUGAUUUGGCUGUCUUCCGCCAAUAUUACCAGGACUCCAUAAAUGCAAAGCUCAAUAGAUCCAAUGGUGAAAAUCCGUGGUUCGUAUUUGGUGUUUCAUACCCAGGAGCUCUUAGUGCAUGGUUCCGCUUGAAAUUCCCUCACUUGACAUGCGGAAGUCUUGCGAGUUCGGCUGUUGUCCUUGCUGUUUACAACUUCACUGAAUUCGACCAGCAGAUUGGUGAGUCAGCUGGUCCAGAAUGUAAAGCUGCAUUACAAGAAGUUAAUUCACUUGUGGAACAGAGGCUUUCAACAAAUGGCAAAGCACUAAAGACCUUGUUUGGGGCAGCUGAGCUUAAGAUUGAUGCUGAUUUCUUGUACUUUUUGGCGGAUGCUGCCGUUAUUGCGUUUCAAUAUGGAAAUCCAGAUACGCUGUGCUCCCCUCUUGUUCAGGCAAGGAAUACCGGCGAGGAUUUGGUGGAUGCAUAUGCCACCUACGUAAAAGACUAUUACCUUGGGAGCUUUGGUGUUAGCGUUCAAACAUAUAAUCAACAACAUCUGAAAAACACUGUUCUCAAUGGCGACAGUUCUGACCGGUUGUGGUGGUUUCAAGUAUGUACUGAAGUUGCUUAUUUCCAGGUGGCACCCUCAAAUGAUAGUGUUCGUUCUUCAAAAGUUGACACAAGAUACCAUUUGGACCUUUGCAAAAAUGUCUUUGGAGAAGGCAUUUAUCCUGAUGUCGAUGGAACAAAUAUAUACUAUGGUGGCAAAAGAAUUGCAGGUUCAAAAAUAGUUUUCACAAAUGGCUCACAGGAUCCCUGGCGACAUGCUUCCAAACAGACUUCAUCCACAGACAUGCCUUCCUAUACCGUUACUUGUCAUAACUGUGGCCAUGGAACUGAUCUCCGCGGAUGUCCUCAAGCUCCUUUAGUUCCUGAAGGUGAUGCCAAGAAUUGCAGCUCCCCUGAUGCUGUUCACAAAGUAAGGCAACAAUUAAUUGAACAAAUAGACUUGUGGUUGUCUCAGUGCCAAUCCUUAGGUAGGAGUUCUAUGUGAUAAGAGUUGUGGCUGGGGAACGUAUAUAACAGUAAUCAUUAUCUGAUCUUAGUGUAAUGCGAUUACAUUCCGAACGUGUAACGGCUCAUCCGUUGAAGAUAUGCCAUGUAUGAGUGGCUUUUAUGUAUGUACAUUACUUAUUUGAACAACACGGAAAACAUCAUAUGUAUUGCCACGGUUUUGUAUAAUAUUACUUCGGAUUUA